AUGGUAGUGAAGGAAAACACCACACCUUCCCCUCUUCUCCAUCGCGUCUCUCUCUCUAUCUCAUCUGACUCUUCUUGCGGCAGCUCGACGGCGACACUCUUCACGGCUGCGGCUAUGGAAGGUCGUUACACUGGGAGUAGGGACGAUCUCGAUUGCACCCUACUGGAUGUCAACACUGGAACUCAAGGAGUUAAAGUCGCAACUAGAGGAACUGAUAGAAAAAAAGUUUAUCCGAUCAAGUGCACCGCAAUGGGGAGCCCAGUUUUGCUAGUAAAGAAAAAUAAUGGUAGUAUGAGGUUGUGCAUUAACUGUAGGCAACUGAACAAGAUCACUAUCAAGAAUAAAGCCAGUGAUGUCGGAUGCACCUAUGCCUUUCACUCCACCAUCAUCUCCUACAGCAACAGUAAUCGUGGUAGUGACAGUAGUGGUGGUGGUGGUAGUAAUGGUAAUAAUAAUGAUAGUGGUAGUGGUAGUAGUAGUAGUAGUAAUAGUAGUGGUAGUAGUAGUGGUGGUAAUAGUUGUGGUAGUGGUAGUAGUGGUAGUGGUAGUGGUAGUAGUAGUAGUGGUGGUAGUGGUGGUAGUGGUGGUAGUGGUAAUAGUAUAGUUGUCGUCUUUUUCCAGAGUCGAUGA